AUGUCGACAAUUCUUGUCACAGUCGGUUCAACUCUCUUCCCCUCUCUUACCGACGCGAUCUUGUCACCUUCUCUUAUCUCUUCUCUCAAUACAUUGGACGUAAGGAAGUUAGUGAUUCAAUAUGGUCGAGCGGAUCUGCCCCCUGAUUUGAGCAUAGAUGUAGAUGCCAAUGGAAACGGGACCACGGUCAUCGAUGAACUGAGAAUAGAAGUGAUGAGAUUUACGGAUCAAUUUGAAAAGUUAGUUGGGCAGAGUGAUUAUGUCAUUUCUCAUGCUGGCUCAGGAUCAAUCUUGACUACUUUACGUAGAAAUCCACCUAUACCAUUGUUGGUGGUACCCAAUGAAUCAUUGAUGGAUAAUCACCAAGCUGAAUUAGCUGAUGAAAUGGGUAAACUAGGAUAUCUCAUGGUUUCCAGAGUCAAUGAAUUAGAGUUGAAUCUACCAAAAUUCUUAGGAUCCAAUUGGAAAGAAGAGAUUGAACCGUUCCCUCAGAUGGAUAGGGAGAGAUUCAAAGAUUUAGUGGACGAUUUGAUGGGAUUUACAUAA